ACAACGUGUAGUCGGGGAAUUCACGUGUGCGUUUUUCCGUCCUUAAAAUCAGAAGUCGGAUAUAAUCGUGAAAUCAUGGGCCGUAAGUUGGAUCCCACCAACAAGGUGAAGCGAGGUCCUGGGAAGAAAGCCAGAAAGCAGCAAGGGGCGGAGACAGAGUUGGCCAAGUUUAUAAAAGAUGAUAAAUUGGAGCCAAAACGUCAGUCAAGAAGAGCCAGGAAAAGGAAUGCUAAAAGAGUCGCCAAUAAUUUGACAAAGGCUAAAGAGGGUGCUGAUGAGCAGGAUAAGAAAGGCUUCACUGAUGAGAACAGUAAAUGGCUGAAGCCGGUGAAGAGGAAGCGCAAACUGGAUCAAUCUGACAGUGAGGAUGACAGCGACGAGCACUGGGAAGAAGAAGACGAUUACGACAAAGAGGAAAAGGCAGAAGUUGAAGAGAUGCAGCCGAAGAAGGAAGGAAAGAAUCAGGCAAAGAUGAACACACAACUGGAGGAAGAGGAGGAGGAUGACGACGAUGAUGAUGAUGAUGAAGAAGAAAUGGUAGAUGACUAUGGUGCACUUGAAGAGGAAGAAGAAAGUGACGGAGAGGAGCUUCUUCCCAUCGAGCGUGCAGCCAAGAAGGAAAAGAAGCUGAAGAAAACAAUGGGGCUUGAUAGUGAUGAUGACGAAGACGACGAUGAUGACGAGGGGGAGGGUGACGAUGACCAAGACGAUGAUAAGAAAUCAGAUGAAGAUGAGGAAGAAACUAUACAGACCAACAUAGAUGACUUGGAUCAGUUCAGGCUUCCUGAGGCAGAGGAGAGUGAGAAGGAAGGAGUGCUGCCUGUCGACCUGAAGACGGUCCACCAAAGAAUAAAGGACAACAUUGACGUCCUCUGUAACUUUACGUCCAAAAGAGAGCCAGGGAAAGAGCGAGGAGAGUACAUUGCUCUGUUGAAAAAGGAUCUUUGCACCUACUACAGCUACAACAGGUUCCUCAUCGAGAAGUUCAUCAACCUCUUCCCUCUCUCGGAGCUGGUGGAUUUCCUUGAGGCAAAUGAAAUUCAAAGACCUGUCACUAUUCGGACAAACACAUUAAAAACAAGGAGGAGGGACCUUGCUCAGGCCCUGAUCAACAGAGGGGUGAACCUGGAUCCACUGGGAAAGUGGUCCAAAGUGGGUUUAGUCGUUUACGACUCCUCUGUCCCUAUUGGUGCGACUCCAGAGUACCUGUCUGGUCAGUAUAUGCUGCAAGGAGCCUCCAGCUUUCUGCCAGUCAUGGCACUCUCGCCGCAGGAGGGGGAAUCUGUGUUGGACAUGAGCUCAGCCCCGGGAGGAAAGACCACCUAUAUUGCUCAGCUGAUGAGAAACACAGGGGUGAUCGUUGCUAAUGAUGCCAACGCUGACAGAUUGAAGAGCGUGGUGGGCAACAUCCACCGUCUGGGGGUCACCAAUACUGCGGUGUGCAACUACGACGGCAGGCAAUUCCCUAAGGUCAUGGGGGGCUUUGACAGAGUGCUACUGGAUGCUCCAUGCUCAGGCACAGGAGUCAUCGCUAAAGACCCUGCUGUGAAGACCAGCAAGGAUGAAGCAGACAUCCAGCGCGCUGCCCACUUGCAGAAAGAGUUGCUCCUGUCCGCCAUUGACUCUGUCAACGCUGAGUCGACAACGGGAGGCUAUCUGGUUUACUGCACGUGCUCCAUAAUGAUGGAGGAGAACGAAUGGGUGGUGGACUAUGCUUUAAAGAAAAGGAAUGUCAAAUUGGUUCCCACUGGACUGGAUUUUGGCAAGGAGGGCUUCACCAGGUUCAAAGAGCGUCGGUUCCACCCUUCUCUGCGGCUCUCCAGGCGUUUUUACCCCCACUCGCACAACAUGGACGGCUUUUUUGUGGCCAAGUUUAAGAAAUUCUCCAACGUGAUUCCAACUAAACUCACGGGGGGAGAAGAAGAUAAGGCAAAUGCUCCUGAGGCGACAGAGGUGAGCAAUUCUCCUAAUGAUAAAGUGGCCAAAGCAGACAAGACCAAGAAGGUUGUCCCUGCUAAGGCCGGCGAGUCAAAACAUGUGGCCAAAACAAACGGAACAGCAGCCAAGAAAGCACCUCACUUCCAGUCUAAAGGCAAAAAGAACUCUCCGACUGGACCGAAAAAAGCAAAGGUCGCCAAGAUGGAAGGAGAGACUGAGGCUGAGGCACCCGUGACAGCUGAAACGAAAGUACUAAAGUCAGGGAAAGAGGCUGGGAGCAGAUUUGAGAAGAAACAGGCCAACCAGAGAAAAACACCCAUGAAAGCCAAGAAUAGAAUGGGAAAAAAUACAUUCAAAAAGUUGAAACAGAAACAAACGAGAUCAUAAGCAUUGUGGCCUACUGUUUAGAAAGUUAUGAAAUGGUUUUCUUGGGUCAUUUCAGAGAUAGCUAUGCUAGAAUUCUAGCAUAGCUAAAGUAACUGCAGAUGUGUAUUGUGUUGGGGUUUCUUUUGUAUAAUGUAAUAGCAAUUAUGUUUGUCCGUUGACUGAAAUACAUGAAUGGGGUUCCUUGCAUAAACCUGGCACAAUAAAUUUUUAAGCUAUCUUCUUUAA